AUGGCAUCGCAUGUGCAGCAGACACCGCCAUACACCAGAGAACCAUCGCCAAAGCAUGGCGUCUCGACCACUCAGUCACGACCCUUCAUCAACUCUGGUCUGACUGCGUGGAACAACAUUCAAGAGUUCCUCCAGGGUGAUGAAUGCAUCAUUGACGGGAGUUCACUUGACAUUGCCGGAGUCGUCGCUGUAGCAAAAUAUGGCACACCUGCACUCCUGUCGACCGACGAUGAGACACGCAAACGUAUCGAUGACAGUGUUGGCAUGCUCAGAACACACCUCGACUCUGGACAUCUCGUCUACGGUGUCUCUACUGGGUUUGGAGGAAGUGCUGACACAAGAACUGACAACUUGGAGGACCUUCAGAGAGCAUUGGUUCAACAUCAAAAUACCGGUGUCCUAACAAGCCAUGACAUUGGCCGUCCUCAGGAUGCAAAAUCGAUGCAAGACCCUGUGCGCUCACGAGACAUUGACAUGGCAUUCAGCACGAACUCUAUGCCUACUUCUUGGGUCAGAGCUAGCAUGCUAACCAGAUGUAACUCCAUCAUUCGAGGACAUUCCGGCGUGAGAAUCUCUGUGGGACAGGCAAUCUUGAAGCUGCUCAACAAGAACAUUAUCCCUGUCGUUCCUUUGAGAGGCAGUAUCUCGGCUAGUGGAGACUUGAGUCCCCUCUCAUAUAUUGCCGGAGCCAUCGAAGGAUCUCCCGACAUUUACGUCAGACUCUCAGACGGCAAAGUGAUGCUCGCAUCGGAAGCACUAGAGGAUGCUGGCAUGGAGCCGGUUGUUCUUGGACCCAAGGAGGGUCUUGGCCUGCUGAACGGAACCGCUUUCUCUGCUGCAACGGCAUCUCUUGCUUUACACCAAUCUCAGGACGUCGUGCUUCUAUCGCAAGUGCUUACCGCAAUGGGCGUUGAGGCCUUGCAAGGGUCCGCAGAGUCGUUCUGGCCCCAGAUCGCAAACAUGCGUCCUCAUCCUGGUCAAAUUGAGAGUGCUGCCAAUAUCUUCUCAUUCCUCCAAGGGUCGCAACUGGCAAAGUGUGUGGGUUCACCCAAAGAUACAAAGAUGACAGGAUUGUACCAAGACCGGUACGCUCUGAGAACUUCGUCGCAAUGGCUCGGCCCACAGAUUGAAGACCUCCUUCACGCUACCUCACAGAUCACAACGGAGCUCAACUCAACAACAGACAAUCCCCUCAUCGAUGUCGAGUCAGAUCAUGUCCUUCAUGGUGGUAACUUCCAAGCGGCCGUUGUGACAUCUACUAUGGACAGAGCUCGUCUCUGUUUGGAGAGAUUGGGCAAGAUGCUCUUCUCCCAGGCAACAGAGAUCAUCAAUCCGAUGCUUAAUGGUGGACUACCAGCCAAUCUGUCCGCUGACGACCCUUCAUUGUCAUUCACUUGCAAGGGUGUCGAUAUCAACAUGGCUUCGUAUCAAUCGGAGCUUGGCUUCCUCGCCAAUCCCGUAGGAAACCAUGUUCAGUCUGCCGAGAUGCACAAUCAAGCCAUCAACAGUCUGGCCUUGAUCUCCUCACGAUACACAUUCCAAGCGCUUGACACUAUAUAUAUGCUGUCGGCCGCUCAUCUGUUUGUCUUGUGUCAGGCGCUCGAUCUCCGCGUCUUACAAAAUGAUUUCCUCGAGUCUAUGGGGCCAGAGGUGAAGAAAUUGGUUGAAGAUUUCCUCUCGACCAACAAGCAAUCCAACCAGGGGCUUCAAGACGAACUCGUCUACGCCAUCUCGACGCGUGUUCACAAAGUCUGGCCUACCACAACCACGGCCGAUCUUGACGGACGAUGCAAGACUACUGCUGAUGCCGUCACCUUGGACGUGAUAAACGCCUUUGCAAAGGCAUCGCCCUCCAUCCCCCUCGACUCGGCCGAACUGGUUAGGCUCACGUCAAAGUUACAAACCUGCAUGCAAGACUUGUACGAAGCCAAGAGACAGAAUCUCUUCAAGAAUCAUCUCACCACCACUCCCACAUACCUCGGAAAUGCAGCAAAGCGCAUGUAUCAGUUCGUCCGUGGCGAUCUGGGCGUAAAGUUGCACCGUGGUCUGGUUGAACACCCGACUCAGCCAUUGCCUGAAGGUGUCGAAGUCGAAGAGCCCCGUAAGUCUAUCGGUAGUCGCAUUAGUGUCAUUUAUGAGGCUUUGAGGGAUGGACGUGCAAGUGCCGUGCUCAUGGCAUGUGCAGAGGAAGGGUUGAGACAGAAGCAGACUUGA